GCGCGCGGGUGGGGGCCGGGCUGGGCGGUGGUGGGCGCGCGGCGGGAGAUGCCGGGGCCCGGGGCCCGAGCGGACGAGGGCGCCGGGCCGGGGCGGGAGCCGGCGCGGCUGUGUGGCUACCUGCAGAAGCUGUCGGGCAAGGGCCCGCUGCGGGGCUACCGCAGCCGCUGGUUCGUGUUCGACGCGCGACGCUGCUACCUCUACUACUUCAAGAGCCCGCAGGACGCGCUGCCGCUCGGCCACCUGGACAUAGCCGACGCCUGCUUCAGCUACCAGGGCCCCGACGAGGCGGCCGAGCCCGGCGCCGAGCCGCCCGCGCACUUCCAGGUGCACAGCGCGGGCGCCGUCACGGUCCUCAAGGCUCCUAAUCGUCAGCUCAUGACUUACUGGUUGCAGGAGCUUCAGCAGAAGAGGUGGGAGUACUGCAAUGGUCUCGAUAUGGUCAAGUGGGACAGCAGGACGUCCCCGACUCCGGGGGACUUCUCUAAGGGCCUCGUGGCCAGAGACACCACAGAUUUCAUUUACCCAAACCCAAAUGCUUCUGCAGAAAAAGCCAGAAAUGUCUUAGCUGUGGAAACGGCCCCCGGAGAGCUGGUGGGAGAGCAAGCUGCAAGUCAGCCGGCCCCAGGGCACCCGAAUUCCAUCAAUUUCUCUCUCAAGCAGUGGGGCACGGAGCUCAAAAAUUCAAUGUCUUCUCUGCGUCCUGGGAGAGGGCAUGACAGUCGGAAGAGUGUGUUUUAUACCAGUGAGGAGUGGGAGCUUCUGGACCCGAGCCCCAAAGACCUGGAAGAGUCCAUGGUACACGAGGAGAGGAAGAGGCAGGCCCCCGAAGGAAGCAGAGGAGUAACUGGCUCAGGAUUUCUCUUUGAUUUUGGACGUGUUCCUUAUAAAGGGAAGCGCCCUUUGAAAGACAUGAUUGGAUCGUACAAAAAUCGUCACAGUAGUGGUGACCCUUCAACCGAGGGGACAUGGGGCACUGGCAGCGCCAGCAAGGUGGCCUCUGAAAUGCAGCCACAGGUCCAGAGUCAGCAGGAAGAGCUGGAGCAGUUAAAGAAAGACCUGUGCAGUCAGAAGGAGCUCGUGCGGCUGCUGCAGCAGACGGUGCGGUCGUCGCAGUAUGACAAGUAUUUCACGAGCAGCCGGCUCUGCGAGGGGAUCCCAGAGGACACGCUUGAGCUCCUCCAUCAGAAGGAUGACCAGAUCCUGGGCCUCGCCGGCCACCUGGAGAGGUUCAGCCUGGAGAAGGAGAGCCUGCAGCAGGAAGUGAGGACCCUGAAGAGCAAAGUGGGCGAGCUCAACGAGCAGCUGGGGAUGCUGAUGGAGACGAUCCAGGCCAAGGACGAGGUCAUCAUAAAGCUGUCCCGGCAGCUCAGCCAGUGUGAGGACAGCGUGUCCUCCCCCACCUGGGUGCCUGGCUCUCCCGUGGCCGCGCCUGCGCCCGCCACCAGGGACCAGCUGGAGCUGGACAGGCUGAAGGACAAUCUACAGGGGUACAAAACCCAGAAUAAAUUUCUAAAUAAGGAAAUUUUGGAACUGUCAGCUCUGCGGAGAAAUGCAGAAAGGAGAGAGAGGGAUCUGAUGGCCAAGUAUUCCAGCCUGGAAGCCAAGCUCUGCCAGAUAGAAAGUAAAUACUUGAUCUUGCUGCAAGAAAUGAAGAGCCCCGUGUGCUCAGAAGAGCAGGGGCCUGCCCGUGAUGUCAUAGCCCAGCUGCUGGAGGACGCGCUGCAGGUGGAGGGCUCGGAGCAGCCGGAGCAGGCCUUCGUGAAACCUCACCUUGUCAGUGAGUAUGACAUUUACGGGUUCAGGACUGUCCCAGAGGAUGACGAGGAAGAGAGGUUGGUGGCCAAGGUCCGGGCGUUGGACCUGAAGACCCUCUACCUCACGGAGAACCAGGAGGUCUCCACCGGGGUCAAGUGGGAAAACUACUUUGCGAGCACGAUGAACCGUGAGAUGAUGUGCUCCCCGGAGCUGAAGAACUUGAUCCGGGCUGGCAUUCCGCACGAGCACCGCUCCAAGGUGUGGAAGUGGUGCGUGGACCUUCACACCAGGAAGUUCAGGGACGGCACCGAGCCAGGCUAUUUCCAGACCUUGCUCCAGAAGGCACUGGAGAAGCAGAACCCGGCCUCGAAGCAGAUCGAGCUGGACCUGCUGCGGACGCUGCCCAACAACAAGCAUUACUCCUGCCCCACCUCCGAGGGCAUCCAGAAGUUACGCAACGUCCUGCUCGCCUUCUCCUGGCGGAAUCCAGACAUCGGCUACUGCCAGGGUCUCAACAGGUUGGUGGCGGUGGCUCUCCUGUACCUGGAACAAGAAGACGCCUUCUGGUGUCUAGUCACCAUCGUGGAAGUCUUCAUGCCUCGAGACUAUUACACAAAGACUCUUUUAGGAUCCCAGGUGGACCAACGCGUGUUUCGAGACCUCAUGAGUGAGAAGCUGCCGCGGCUGCACGCGCAUCUGGAGCAGUACAGCGUGGACUACACCCUCAUCACGUUCAACUGGUUUCUGGUGGUGUUUGUGGACAGUGUGGUCAGUGACAUCCUCUUCAAAAUAUGGGACUCCUUCCUGUACGAGGGGCCCAAGGUCAUUUUCCGUUUUGCCCUGGCACUUUUUAAGUACAAGGAAGAGGAGAUCCUGAGAUUGCAGGAUUCGAUGUCUAUAUUCAAGUACCUCCGAUACUUCUCUCGCACGAUCCUGGACGCCCGGAAGCUGAUCAGUAUCUCCUUCGGGGACCUGAACCCGUUCCCCCUGCGUCAGAUCCGGAACCGGCGUGCCUGCCACUUGGAGAAGGUCCGGCUGGAGCUGUCGGAGCUGGAGGCCAUCCGCGAGGAUUUCCUGCGCGAGCGGGACGCCAGUCCUGACAAGGGCGAGCUGGUCAGCGAUGAAGAGGACGCCUGAGUGGCCCCUGCCCCAUGACGCUGCUCUUCUUGCCUCACAACCAAAGCGUGCCAAAGGGUGAGCUGCAGGGCCGUCGGUGUCGUGACACCCAGAAUGUCAGCCCCGUGGUCUCCGGAAAUCUGCUGGGCGGCUGUCCAGAGCCACACGGCCCUUUCUCAGUUCCACGUGGGCGGGGUCCCACCGUUUACAGCGUCUUCCUGCUGUGCCUUUGGCCACACGUGUCCCGUCACACGUUCCGAUUGAUCGGUACACGGCCAGGCUGACCAGUCGGCUACUCCCAAGAGCCCGUUUACAGUGUCCGUCAGCCAUGGCGGUGUCUUAGCCCUGAGAAAGCCCCACACGGCCGCCUCCCGCGCGGUGUCCCCUGUGUAUUCAGGCAGUGUGGGCGUCUUCUGAACGGUCCCACUGCCCUCAGACCCUCCUCGACCAGAGUGGGGCUGCCUCGGUCGCAGAAGGUGGCUGUUGAAAAAGGGGCUUCCUUAGAAAAGCAGGUCCAUCCCUUGUUCAGAAAUGGCUUAUAGAAACCCCCCUCACGCCGCCAGCCGUGCCCCGAUUCUGGAAUAGCUUUGCCCUUUCGGCCUUUCAAACAGCGGCUCACAGCCUGCUGCGGGCCGGCCUGGCUCUGCGGACACCACACUCCCUCCUCGUCGGCCGCUGUUGGCAGAUGGGUGGUGCUCGGGCCAUGGCGGGAAGCUCUGCUCAUCUGAGCGAUGACGCGCAGAAUCCCCACACACAGAUGGAGAGGGAUUCUGGAAAACUGGCUCGUCCUGCAAGGCAGGCCCACCCCUGGACAGCCUUGGUCAGGGGGACGCAGGGAGCUUUCCUGGGGGCACUGCAAGGCAAGGGUGCAGCUGCUGAGAACACUGGGCACCCGGAAACUGGCUCCCUCGGGAGCAGCCAGUGUGUCUGGUGUGCCCGCCCCACGACCGCCCGGAAGCCCUCUCCCCUUCCCCAGGCCAGCACGGGCCUCCCGGGGGGGUCGCCGCAGCGUCCAGCAUGUCAGACCGCCCCGGCAGUUCUGGGGACACGGAGCACCACCUGUUUGAAGCCCUGGAAGGAGGCUUUGCGCGCGGAAGGUUGUUGGGCUUCUCUGUGAACCCUCCCUGAUGUGCAGCUGUGACAGGAUGUUUUCUGGCACGGUUUUACUCAACCAGGAAAGAGGCCAUUUUAAAUGGAGUUUUUACACUACCCGGAAGACAUAGGAAAUGACAGUUGACCUACAUUACACAUACUCUGACUGAAGGCUGAAGCGGCGUAAUUUGAAGACGUGCUUAUUUGUGAGUACGGUUUCUGUGUCUGUGACUCUCCCGGCGGCAUCGUGGCCGGUGGCCAUCGCAACGAACCAGACUGAGCCCAGCUCCUGUCUUUGGUGUAGUUGCUUCGUUUGAUUUUCCACCAUGUACAGGGAGCCGGUCUCUAUAUUUAGCCAAAAGCCUUUGUGUCUUUCCAGGUAUCAGAAUUGUUUUUCAUGUCUUGGGAGCAGCUGUUAGAGGCCUAGCUUCUUUUUUCAGGAAGUUGCCUUGUGGGUCCUACGAGGAGGGUUAUGUGGCCUCACUGCUCUGUGGAGCCCCCUGCUCCCUGCAGGACACUGGGGCUGCUGGAGACGCUGCCCCCACCUCCCACGGGGCUGUCAGCCUGGAGGGUGCAGUGGGACCGGGGUCGGGGCUCCACAGUCACUCCGGCUUCCCUCAGACUUCGGCUUCCAAGUUGAUUUAGCCCUGGAACUGCCGUCCUGGGGCUAAAACACAGCCGUUAGGAACAGGCUUGUUUUCCCCACCUUAAAAGCACCUGAAUUGGGCCCUGGUGCUCCGAGUGGCCGGGCAAUGGGCGUGAGAGCAGAGCUGGUGGAGGAAGUGGACUGGGAACGGUUUUGGGGGUCCCAUCUGUGGGAUAGAGCCCCCGGUGUGCAGAGGGCGGAGACGGGUGCUGGCCCGGUUCCAGACAGGGGACCCAACGGGCCCAUGUUCUGUCCAGAACCGUAGGGUCCGGUCCCACUCUUUCCAGCCAACACUCCCUUCUGGUGCCCGACACAGGCUGGGCAGCCGCGGGCCAGCCUGCACACAGGCAGCUGCCAUGCCCACUGGGAGCCCCUGCGUCACACCGGUGGGAACUGCCAGCUUCAUGGCGGUGGGUGUUUGUUUUUUGUGGGUUGAGCGUCUGUUAAUACUUUUGUAUGCUUCACUACAGUUUAUAUUUUUAUAGGCUAUUUUUAUCAAGCUUUUUCUAGGUCCCUUCUAUUUUACAUGACGAGUUCUCGUGUGCACGGCUCCCUGUGUCUGUCAACCUGGACCUCCCCAGCUGCUGUCCACUUUGGGCCCCCGUUUGCCCCCGGCCUUGACCACCUCGGACCUUGACAUGUGCGUGGCCCCUUCUCACCCCAGGGGGCGUCCGGUGCCGCUUGUGGUCGUGCUGACUGACCGCUGUUCAACAGCAGCUGAGGCCGUGCUCACUGGGGACGAUUCUGGUUUCAAGUGUAUUAUAUAGGAAGUGUCCUAGGCAAACAGCCACUCCACUUUGUUUAACUAAAUGUUUGUAUUAUUGCACAAUCCCUCCCCCUCACGUGGGCGGCGUCAUCUUCCUGCACGUGUUCUGGGCAGCGGGGCCUGCGGGCUCUGUUCUUGCCAGUGGGAGGCUGGAUGCCAGCCUGGAGGGCUGGAGUGGGCAACUGCCAAGUGACGCUUGCCUUUUAUGUCACAGCAGCUUCCAUGCUUAUCUUCAAGUUACAUUUGGGGAUUAUCAUAUUAAAAGAUGAAAUAAACCACUAAUUUGUAUAAUGUU